AUGCUUCCUUCGCCGCGGAAUACGAUGAAAGCGGUCCCAUGGACUCAUGCCCGUGAGCGGUGCCCGGACGAGAAGCUGGAGUGUAUCGCCAUCGGUGGACCGGAGUAUAAAGUGACCUCUCUCGUCCAGAAUCCCAUCCUCUGGGACUCGUACAACUUCAGCAGCACUAAGACCACCUUCACCUUCCACCUCGUUUACUUCCCCUUUAGUGCAUCAUGUUCGCCUCCUUGUUAUCCUCUCGCCCUCGCCGCUGGCACGCUCGCCGCCGCUCGCAGAACAGCUGUGUCAACCUCGCGCCGCGGACAACGCGACCGGAUCAAACCUCUUGGUCACCUCGGGCCGCCGACCACAAGCGGCGAGGCUAGCUUCUAUUGGCUCUCGGUGAAGCUUCUCGGCACGGGCACGAGCGACUUCCCGACCUUCACGCUGGAGUCCGGCGCACUGAUCCCGCAGCCGGAUGCGGCGAAGCAAGGCCAGAGCGCAUGGGACAUGGCUGUCGAGGCUGGCAAGUACAUUGAGUUCAUGGUGACCAAUGCAGGCGCUGGCGGGGACGAGGCUACGCCGUACUGUGCUGUGUCUGACGCGAGCGGGUACGCUACCUUGGCCGUCAACGGUGUCAGCAACGGCUUCUCGAUGUGCGCGACGGCCAACCAGAAUUACAUCCUGGUCUUCCAGGCGUCGGCGACCAACGACGGCUCGUACCAGUACAGCACCUGCCAGCCGCAGAACAUCCACCUCGUGCAGGCCUAAUGUGCUCGGCUGCGUCGCGAUUCGUGGUGAAUGGUCGAGGAGACUGUUGGACUUUCGGACUAUCAUAUCGGAUUGACAUUUCUGCGACUUCGCUUUUGUCAUCUCUCGCUCGUUACCCUGCACAAUUAUUGGACUCGUAAUGAUGUGCCUCUAUAGGCGCUAACCUCUUUAACUGCAUGCAGGUCUCUGCCAUCACUAGGCCGGAGAGAUGAAGGCCAGCGCGUGCUUGACACAACACUGAGGACAGGCU